AUGCCACCAAAGAAGACGAAGGGAAAUGCUGGGACGCCAACCAUUGCGCCGGGUCUCGGCCGACUGCCGGCAGACACCUACGAUCCGAAUGUGCAGCAUUUCAAAAUGAUAGAGGAGUGCUUGCAAGCAAUUCGCGAUCAUCCAGUCUUUGGGCCGAACAUUGACACCCUCGACCCCCUGCCACUUGUACCCGCCGUCGCUGGGGACCAGGCCGGCUUUCUGGCUCCGCUGGACAACGCAGCCUUGGCUGCUGCCCGUGAUUCGGGCGGUGAGUAUGUCUGCGGUGUCAACCUUCUUUGGGCAAACCCCUUGGAGUCAGUGACCCCCGGAGUACCUAUUAUGGCGAAGGCUUUGUCGGACCUGGUGCAUCGCCUGAUGGCCCGCGGCCCCAAGGUUGUGGAGGACAGGCUGGAGUUCGUCUACCCCGAGGAUAAUGACCGUGGUUGGCGCAAGUGUUGUCCCGAGGAGCUCCAGCACGCUGUCAUCAUGGCGAUCCACGAGCGGAUGAUGCUCGGAGCCGAGGAGGAUGAACUCCUGGCAUGGAGGCGCGUGGUGCUGUCAUGCCCUGCUGCCUUCAUAGACCUCAAGACCGAAGAGGACAUCUACUUCCAUGCGACCAACAAGCGAGUCAAGGCUGAGCAGGACUACCGUGUCCUCACCCACAAGACUACACAGAUGAUCUUCGACGUCUACAACUUCAAGGUACGCAAGGAGCUUGUGUCCGGAACACUCACAGACGAGGAGUUGGCUUACCUCUACAAAACGAGGCUCCUGAAGGUGAAGCGCUCGGACCAGGAGGCCAGCAAGGAGGACAAGGACCGAACCAGUCCAGGCACCAUCAAGGCAUGCGUGACGGUCUACGAGAAGAUGUUCGUUCACGAGAAACUUCGAGACGUUGUUCUCAAGGCCAAACAGGACCACCUUGACGAGUCCCCCUUUGCGAGUGUGCACAAGCUCAACGAGAUCGUUGGCAUGUGCCGACAAUCCGUCGUCAAGAUGCAAUGGCUGCUCCUGACGACCAUGCACAGGUUCGAAACCAACCAUCUCACUGCCCGUGAGUUCAGCGCUCGGAAUUUGCAAGGCGCCGGUACCAAGCAAUAUGGUCUUGUAUUCCUGCGGCAACGUGAGAUGAAGCUGUACCUGCUGGGACCAUUCAUGGACGGUCGGAACUUUGUCUCCUCGGCAAAGGAGAAACUUCGUGAGGUGUUUGAGUCCAGGGACAGCUACGUGAACCUCUUGAGGCCUUUGAAAGACGAGGACACCGAAGCUGUCGAUUGCAGCUGGCAGGCGACAUGGCCGAACAGUGCAUUGAAACUGCUGGAGUUGAUCGAGUCAGCUUGCUUCGCAGUGGAGGGCCAGGAUGACGCGACAGUUCGAUUGGCCAUGAAAAACGGCAAAAACGCGCAGGAGCUGCUGCACGACUACUCGCCGUUCAAAGACGCCAUCGCUGACAUCGAUGAGGAGUUGAAGAAGGAGAUGAAGAAGAUCCAGGAGGCAGGGGCGGUAGAUGACGGCGAUGCCGUCGUUGUCCCUGCCGCUGCUGCUGGGUCCUCCGGUGCCUCGAAUGCGACGGCCGUCUCGGCAGAUUCGGGGACCACGGAGGACACUAUCGAGGCGAAGCGUGAAGCUGCUGCCCGACGCCUGCUCAAGUCGUACUUAGUGCUGGAGUCGGAAGAGGACAAGAAGAGUUCGUCUUCUUUGGCCAGCAGCUUAUCGAAGCAUCAUCUCCUCAAGGCCGCGCAGCAGCAUGGAAACUGCAUCGUCCUCUUCGACGUUAACGGCUUUGGAGAGGCCAUCACAGCUCCGCACAUCCGCAAGCCCCCUUUGGCUACCGCGACCGUGAAAAAACUGUUCGAGGCAGUCGCGCUGGCUCGACACGGCACCACAUCCUUGACAACCCUGGCUCCGAACGAGAUCUACAUCGUGCUCAACGGAGGAAGAAGCAACAACCAGUUCGCCUCGAAACACUUCGGGGUUGGGCCCGGGGUUGGCAGAUCCAAGUGCAAGGGUAGCAAUAUCGUGUGGCGGGAAAUCCUGGUGACCUUCACGCCGGACAGUGUGCAGAACAGAAAGUGGCACACCUCCAAGAGAGCCCUUGCCACGAUGAAGUGCUCGCAGAAGAUGUUUUGGUGGUUUGAUGCAUCGACCGACAUCCCCCUGAAGUCUCACCUGCAUGUGCCAGGAAACAAUGGUUGUGACAUGAUGGGGCCGUUCGUGCUCGAGCCAUGGACAAGCUUGCCCUGCAUGGCCUACGAGCUCAAGAAGACCUUCUGGGGCAAACGCAGGCAAGCGGUGGGUGGGAAGACCGUGACGGGAGACUCCGAUGAUGAGGGUGCCGAGCAGGAUAAGUCUGAGAUCCAGGAGGACUCCGGAAUCACCAACGAGGAAGACAUUCCGCUUCCUGAUGUUGGCGGUGGACGUGGAACCGCGAAGACAUUGCCACCCGACUGCAAGCAGCCAGUGAACUACCACGAAGUCCCAUGCCUCCUGUGGGAGAGCGUCAUGCAUGCAACCAGUGGCAGCCAGAUUAUCGACCUUACUCCUCAGACCGGUCGGCUGGCUUGCUGGGCAGUCACUAACCGCCUGGGGUACAUCGGUGUCACCGGGACACCGGCACAGAAGGAGUACAUUGAGAAGGAAGUGUUCCAGGCUGUCAUCGAUGCCAUGUCGGACCCCAGCUCCAAGCUGUACGCUCCGUCUCUGGCGGACCCUGGCAAGAAGCGCAAGAAGACGGAGACCUCUGGAGCACAGACGAAGGUCGCGAAGACAGCGGCUCCCGAACCGAAAAAGACAAGCGCGCCGAAGGCGAAGGCAGAGGCGCAGCCGAAGGCUGCUCCGAAGGCAGGGGCCCAGUCGACAGCAGAGACCGCAAUCGUCCCGGUCGGGGAGGAGCCGAAGACCGGCGAGAUGAGUGCGAAGUUGAAAGCCAUGCUCGAGGCAGCCAAGCUGAAGAGCAACAACACCCAGGAGUGA